UUUUUUCAUAUUUUUGAUAGGAAGUUAACUGAAUGUCCAGUGAAACCAACUUAUGCACGAUUGUUUGGAUUAGAAAAUAGAAAAUUUUCCGUAUUGUCAUAUAAAGCACAAAUCAUGAGGACUUCUGUGGAACAGAAUAAUAGCAAUGGUGCUUUGUCUUCGCCUAAAAUGAUAGAAAAUAAUUUAAAUCGAUAUGAUGACAUCGUAAAGUCGCAGGAAGAUAAAAGAUUAUAUCGAGGAUUAAAAUUAUCCAAUGGAAUGAAAGUUCUUCUGGUAUCAGAUGCUACAACAGACAAAUCUGCAGCAUGUCUUUGCGUUGAAGUUGGUCACAUGAGUGAUCCCACUGAGAUUCCAGGCAUAGCACAUUUUUGCGAGCAUAUGCUCUUUCUUGGUACAAAGAAAUAUCCUGACGAGAAUGGCUACAGUAGCUUUCUAAGCAAAAACGGAGGAACAUCUAAUGCUGCCACUUAUCCAGAUGUAACGAAAUAUUAUUUCGAUGUUGUGCCUGAAAAGCUUGACGAAGCUUUGGAUAGAUUUUCACAAUUUUUCCUUGCGCCGCUUUUCACAGAAAGUGCGACCUUGAGAGAAAUCAAUGCAGUAAAUUCGGAACAUGAAAAGAACUUAUCAACUGAUGUUUGGCGCAUACGACAAGUGAAUAAAAGUCUUGCAAAUCCCGAACAUCCUUAUUCAAAGUUUGGGACUGGAAAUAAAGAAACCUUGUUGGACAUACCAAAAGAAAAGGGAAUUGACAUUCGAAGUGAAUUAAUUAAAUUUCACAAAAAUUGGUAUUCGUCAAAUAUAAUGAACUUAGCAAUAUUUGGGAAAGAAUCGCUCGAUGAACUUGAAAAAAUGACUCUUAAAUAUUUCUCGGAUGUGGAAGACAAGAACGUCGAAGUGCCAAAGUGGAGUGAUGAAAUUUACUUGGAAGAUCAAAAAGCCAUUAAGCUGUGCAUUGUGCCUGUUAAAGAUUCACGAAGUUUGACAAUUUCAUUCCAAAUACCCGACCUUGAUGAGCAUUACAGGUGUGGGCCAGAACACUACAUAAGUCAUUUAGUGGGACAUGAAGGUUCAGGAUCAAUUUUAUCAGAAUUGAAAUCGCGUGGGUGGUGCAACAAUUUAGUUGGUGGCGCGAGUUCAUCUGCAAAAGGUUUUGGCUUCUUUGAAAUUAUGGUCGAUUUAACUGAAGAAGGAAUUAAUUAUGUAGAUGAGAUUUUGAAAUUAAUUUUUCAAUAUUUGAAUAUGCUGAAACGUGAAGGUCCACAGAAAUGGAUUUUUGAUGAAUAUGUAAAGUUGCACGAGAUGCAAUUUCGUUUUAAAGAUAAAGAGAAUCCUCUUAAUCUUGUGUCUAAUGUUGUGCACUCCAUGCUUGUCUAUCCGUUGCCUGAAGUUUUAAGUGCUAAUUAUCUUCUUACCGAAUGGAAGCCGUUAUUGAUUGAAAAUGUCAUGGAACGUCUGAAUCCUUACAAUGCAAGAAUCAUUCUUGUGGGUCAAAAUUGUAAAGAGAUUUGUACGAAAUCAGAGCCUUGGUAUAAAACUUCUUAUAGUUUUGAAAAGAUUGAGCAGUCAGCUAUUGAUGGAUGGCUGAAUUGUGGAAUUAACAAUAAACUGCGACUUCCUGAUCGUAAUCCUUUAAUUCCUACUAACUUCUCUCUUUUAACUAUAGAAGAUGAUAACGUUAAACAUCCUGAAAUAGUUCAUGACACACCGUUGAUUAGAGUUUGGUUUAAACAAGACACCGAAUUUUUAAAGCCGAAAAAUUUCAUCGGCAUCGACUUCAGCAAUCCAAUUGUUUACACCGAUCCAUUAAAUUGCAAUUUGACACAUCUUUUUGUUCAGCUUUUCAAAGAUACCUUGACGGAAUUUCUUUAUUCUGCUGAGCUCGCUGGUCUUAGAUUGACCAUUUCUAAUACAACCAAUGGGAUCAGUAUGCUUAUUAAUGGAUAUUCAGAGAAGCAAAACAUUUUCCUUGAAGCAAUUCUCGAUAAAAUGUUCAAUUUUGAAGUGGAUGAGAAACGAUUUGGAAUCAUGUGCGAACAAUACAUUAGAGGGUUGAAGAAUUUCAACGCAGAACAACCGUACCAGUUGGCAAUUUAUUAUUUAGCUGUCAUUCUUACAGAACAAGCAUGGACAAAGAAAGAACUUGUUGACGCCAUGGCUCUUGUGACGUUUGAUCGUCUGAAAACUUUUAUCACAGAUGUCAUGUCUCGAAUGCACGCUGAAUGUUUCAUUUAUGGAAAUGUUAAUAAGGAAAAAGCUCUCGAACUCUCAACACUUGUUGAGAACCAAUUGAAGAAAACAAAUGCGUAUGUCUUACCACAAUUAAGUCGUCAGUUAUUAUUGAAAAGGGAAUACAAGCUCAACGAAAGAGAAUCGUAUUUGUUUGAAUGCACAAAUGAAUUUCACAAAGCAGGUUGUGCAAGUUUAUAUCUUCAGUGUGGAGUUCAGGAAGACAAUUCAAACGUUUUCCUCGAUUUGGUGUCACAAAUAAUGAGUGAGCCUUGUUAUAACAUAUUAAGAACUCAAGAACAGCUUGGAUAUAUUGUUUUCUCAGGUGUGAGAAAAGCAAAUGGAGCUAAAGGGUUGAGAAUUCUUGUUCAGUCAACUAAACAUCCCGAGUUUGUUGAAUCAAGAAUCGAAAAUUUCUUAAAUCUUAUGAUCACUGAAAUUGAUCAAAUGAGUUUGGAAGAAUUUGAAAGGCACAAGGAAGCACUUAAAGCUCAAAAGCUUGAGAAACCUAAAAGAUUAUCAUCACAAUAUUCACAUUACAUGAAUGAAAUUUCAUUACAACAAUAUCACUUCGAUAGGUCAGAGAAAGAGGUUGAAAUUAUGAGUUCGAUUACGAAGGAACAAGUUUUAGAAUAUUAUAAGUUAUUCAUCGUACCCGAUGCAGCUUCGCGACAAACACUUUCAAUUCACAUUUUAUCAGAUCCAAGUAAUGUCGAAACAGCCGACAUAAAAGAACAGGCAAAGCCUUUAACAGCAACGAAACAAAAGAUUUCUGAUCUUACAGGAUUUAAAUCAUCGAAGCAGCUUUAUCCAAUGGCAAAAAGCUUUAUUAACGUGAUUCCUAAAGGAGCUAGAAGUAAAUUGUAAUCCUUUUUCGUUUUUUACGAUUUCUUGAACGAUGAUUUUUAAAUUAUUUGUUGAUUCAUCAGCUUCACCUAA